UUGUGACCCCGUGGGGGACCCCACUCUGGAGCAGUCUGCUCCUGAAGGUCUGCACCCCAUGGGAGACACCCACGCUGGAGCAGUUCAUGAAGGACUGUAGCCCGUGGGAGAGACAAGCUUUUCGUUGUACUUUUUCUCCCCUGUCUAGUGAAUGAGGGGAGUGACAGAGCGGCUCUGGUGGGCACCUGACCCUCAGCCAGGGUCAACCCACCACACCAGGGAAAAAAUACUUUAGUUCCUUCCUUUGCUCAUACAGCAGUAAGACGAAUGAUAAAAAGAAUACCCAGUUUUUGUGGCGGAAUCAGCAAGAGGGUGGGCACUGUUUUUGAGAACUAUUACUGAACUAUGUUUAUUAGUAUUGAAAAAAGCAAAGAUUUAUCUUUAUGGAGAACAAAAAUAGUUUGCAGUUGCUCUGUCCUCUUCAAAUUACACAUCCAUAAUACAGUUCGACAAAUAUGAAUAUAUGAAAAUAUGGUGCAAAUAUUUUUCUUGCACUCUCCAUAAAAAGGUUAGUGUAUGUACUGUAUUUUUUUCUUGAGGGAAACAGAUGUCAGGAACUAGGUACCUUACUGUUGCCAUAAAUGUCCUCUCUCUCUCUGAAAGCUUUGUUUAUUCCUCUUACACAGUUUCUCACUUCCUUUUCAUUCUCUCUUUGACAUCAGUUUAUCUUUGAAUUCAGAAUCUUGACUUGAACAUGCUCUUCCGAAGUAUGACAUGCUGUUAUUAUCAAAUAAGUGUGCUAUUACCAGAUGAGAGAACCUUCCACUAACCUGAAUGACUGCUUACAAGAGGAAGGGUUUAAAUCACAGUGACUGAGGUUAUUUAUAAGGCUAGAUUACUGUCAACUGCUUAGACAUUUUAAAAAUACAUUCCUUUAAACAAACGGCAUAUGCAUUUUUCUUUAAGAUGUCAGUACGGCAGAUUUCUCAUUUUCCAAAAGCCUUCUGGAUUCUUUCAGAGUCUGCUGCCUUUUCACAUCCACAUAAUACACCAUUCGCAUAACACAACAAAAGUCAAAACCUUACAUAAAGAUUUUAGGUUUAAACUAUCCAAAUGCACAAAACUGUAAUUAAAAAGACAUUUUUCAAAGACCAUAUAAACAGUAUAUGAGCAUAUAGAGUAAGAAUAUCUGUUAAUUUUUUCAUGUGUAAUUCAAUAAUGAAGAGUAAAUAUGCAUAUGCUAUGGAAACAAUUUUUAACAACAGAUUUUAAAGGCCUUACUGGAGCUAGUUGCUACACAUUAGCAUGCAAGGUAAUUCAUUCAGUUUCAAACCGACGGUAACCUGUUUAAACAAGCGCUAUAUUGUGUUUUGCCCAGUGUAGGAGAUAGAUAGGGCACAGCACUUAACACUGUCAAAGAUAUUUAGCAGUCCAACUGUAAGAUCCUUAACAUUAGCUGUAAUUUCCAUGUUAAUUUUGAACUCAUGCUAUUUGAGUUGAAGAUGUAAUUACACUUGUUACCAGCUAAAGUUUGCUGUCAUCACGUAACUCUGAAGAGAAUAAACACAGCCUUUGGGCACUAUAGCCAAACAAUAUAAAAUGUUAAGGAGGAAGGACGUAUAGCAACUAUUCUUCAUAAUCCUGGGACUCACUUCCUAUGUGGAUGAUUCAUCUUUCAAAGAUUAAAAUAACAUUCGUUAUUAAAAAAUGCUCCUGGUGAAAGAAACUACCAUCUGUCCUAUAAAUAGGAACUUCAUUAAUGCAUUGUGAGAAUCUUCUUAGAUAUCUGCAUACAUUAUUUGUAUAGAUUAAGGUUUUAUAGAUAUUUGUGUGUUCUACUUUAGAUAUUCCUUGAAACUUUGGACUGGUAAAGGAAAUCAGUAUAAAAGUAAUGAAACAGGAAAAACUAAGAAGCAUUUUGCAUUUAAGAAGGUUUUGGAAUGUGGAAGUGAUAAUGACAGGAAUUUUUAAAAAAAUUCAUUCAUGUUAUCGUUGUUGCUCAGGAUGUGAUACCACAAAGUCCCAAUCUAAAUUAACACGACCAUUUAUAUUUUAGGUACAAUGGCAUCUGCAAAAGACUAAGCAUAUAGAUAUAGGCAGAUAUAAGUAUGUAUAUAUAUAAAUAUACAAUUUCUUUUAAUGUUAAUAUAAUCUCAGUCAAAAAGCCUUGAGCAGAUGUUAUAUAACAAAAGUGGGAUAUCAAAAUAAGUCUGUAAGUGGAAAAUAUGGUCACGUUAAAUGUCAGAUGAACUGAGAGAAGACAUCCAAAGCAUAACCAAGACAGUCCAAGAAAGCCAGUCCAGUCAGUGCCUGCAAAGUAAGCAAUGAAGCUGACAUAUUUGGUAGAAGACGUGCUGAAUUUAGAGCUUCCAAACAUGAAAAACAAUUAGAAGCCAUUAAUUCGACAGUCUAUUUGUGUGAAGCUCUGACAGUUGUCUAACAAUUCUUAUGAAAAUAAAGUUGAAAGUAAUUUACUAAAAGAGAGACAUAACUAAUAUAAUAAGCUUCAUAAACAAGUCACAUUUCAAAUGUUAUGGAGGAGCCAGACAGAAUAUGUACAAAACUAAACAUGUUGAUGAUGAUUAGCAUAGGAAUUUUUGAGAUGUUAAUGAAAGCAUAGCAUCAAAAAAGGGAGAGAAUAAAAUACCAAAGAAACAAAAGGAUAUAAACAUAACUUGCAGAUUAGAGAUUUAAACACGUUGAAGGAUGGUGGCUGUAUCAACUGUGUAAGAGAAAAAGGGGCUAGCAGGCAAGCAAUUUCAAGGGAAGGUACAAAGUCUGGUUUUGGCUGUGUUAUGCUUCCACUAAUGGCGUGACAUCUAGGAAAAAUACCAUGUACUGAAAUGAUGGAUUGGAUGUUCCAAGACAAGAUGGGAACAAACAGACUGAGUCACCAAGAGUGGUAACUGAAAUUUUCAGUGGAUCAGAUUAUUGACCUCUUGUCCCUUCAGCAAAAGUAAAAUAUGAGAAUUACUGGGUAAAUGCCCUCCCUUGAAAGGAAGGGUACUCAUAGGAGAUGUGAGGGAACGUCAGAGGCGGAACAUAAAGACAACUAUGAAUUCACAAGAUGUUACACCAGAUGUUCUGAGUGAUUAUAAAUAAACAGCAGCUGAGAAAGUGAGGGGAAUCCUGAGAUUUUGUUAAAAAAAAGUCAUUAGAGAUCAGUGGAGAAGUUCAGGCCGAAUAAGAAGGAUACUAGGCCAAUGGUGGGGAAAGGAGGAACGAUUCGUGAGAUACCACCACUAAUUUUAGAAGUGCUAAAGAACUGAACUACAGGUCUUGAUGAAAACAAUUUGUUUUGGCUUAUCAGAAAACAUAAUAAUCUGGCACUCUUCUCUUUCAAGAGAGUGUAAGAUCUCAAAACAGGUAAGAGAUUCAGCAGACUAAAAAUCUGGUAGGGUCCAAGAUCCUGUUCCCUGUUUUUUAACUUACAAGCUCAUGAGUCUUGUCCUUGUUGACAUUUGUUCCUGAGAAACAUGCUAAAAUACUCCCAGUGAAAGAAAAUAUUUUGGCGUCAUCAAUUGGAACUACCAUAAAGUAAUAUUAAAGCACCAGGAACCAAAGGUGGGGGCUUAACAUUGAGUGUCAAAAUGUGAGGAGUGUAAAUACCAGGAAUAUACAAAAUACUUUGUUAAUUUAUUCCAAGUUUCAGAUAAUUUUUCAUCUCAGAUUUGAUUUUGAAGUUCCAUAUUCUGACACUACAGCAUUUUAAUUUAUAUAUGUAGAUCAAAUACUCCUGUAAGUAUGCAGCACCAAAACCUACAUGUUUACAUGGUUGUGCCUUUAUUUUGCACAUACUUCAUUAUGUAUUUUUCCUUUCCUAAAACAAGAAAACUGCUGAAAUGAAAACUUGCUUAUCUGCUAAAUCAACAUCUUGAAAGUUUUAGGUGGCAAAGUCUGCAGAUAGCAGACUAAAGCCAAGUCAACAUUUUCUUACAUUACCUCAAAAACUGUUAUGCUUCCUUUUCUAUCAGAGAUCUCACCAGAUCUCUGUAUUUGCCUGUCACACAGAAGCUGUGCAGCUGUAAGUAAAAUGAUAAUUGGAAAGAUAAUGUUAGUGGUAUUCAGGCAUCUCUCCCAAAGCAGCUUAGUCAUAUGCUGUAUGGAAUAAAAACAGGAUUGGCUGAGUAAGGGAAUUUACUGUUUCCCAGGAAAGGAAAUUGCCUGCAACACAUCUGGCAAAAUGUUCUAAAUGUUUAGUUUUGACAAAAUAUACAUUUCAGCUCUUCUUAUAAGGUGAGUUCUGUAGAGUGGGUAUCUUCUUUCUAAAAAGGGAAAGAUCUAAUUUGUACUUUAAAUAUACCGAGCCACUAUUUGCUAUUUUAUGUCAAAUACUAUAUACACUCGGCUAUAAAGCAAGCAGGAAAUCACAGGCUAAGCAGCUAUAUUUCAGUUUAUAGAAUAACUGUACCCCUCCAUAUCGACAGCAGAAAUAAAAGAUGACGAGAACAAUGAAAAUGAAAAAAGCACCGAGAGGAAGCAACUGGUCUGAAUUACAACUUUCUACUCAAUUUCAUACUGGCAUAUAUAAGAUUCCAUGCCAAAUUAUUUACAUUCCUUCCUACUUCAACAUGUCUAACAAUGAGAUGUUCCUUGUCAUAAUUGACAGGAGACAGAUCUUCUCUGUCAUUCAGCUUUUCUGGAGUAAGCCCUGCCCUGCAAGCAGACUUGUUAUUAUGCCUCUGAGGCUCAGCAAAAAGGCCAUAUUCAAGCAUCUUCCUUCCUCCUCCUCAGUUUUCAAGGACAAAAAUGUAUUUAACUUGCCUUACUUUUCACACCAGUUUUCUAAAUUUAGCUGUUACUACUUGCUUUCCCCCUGAACUCUGACUGGCUUUGACUCCCUGGGGAGGCAGAGAAGACCACUUCCUCCUCCACAGCUGGGAAAGCUGCUCCCAAAGGGAUAGAAAGGGUGAAGGAUCACAAUCAAAUGCUCCAAAAGAUGCACCAAAUACGGCACUAGCCUGUAGUGAAGGGUUAAAGGGAUGUAUAUUUAUUUUGUUGGCAAGGUGAACGCUCGCUAACUUUCUUGGGCAGUGGGAAAGAGCAUUUCGUUAAAGCAAUCCGAGUCCAUUGGACGCAGAUAGGGAAAUAGCAAAAUCCUCCCUCGGUUAUGUGUGCGUAUUGGGGGUUGUAUUCCGGUUAUUGCCCCUGCAGCCUGGAAGUAUCAAGGAAAAGUUGGGGAAAAUAUUACUGUGGUGAACCACAGGCUGCUACUCCAACAACUGGAUGAGAAGCACAGCCGAGUAGCUCACCGGUGGUGCCUGCUGUGCUGGUAUGGGUCUUUCGUUAGCAAUUUGUUGUCACUUCUCAGAAUAACACCUGCACUUCCCAUACCUUCUCCCUGAACUGCUGACAGCUGCCAUAACAACCAGCCAUUCAUUCAUUCAUUCAUUCAAACCUCCCCCCCCGACAAAACCCCCCGCAAAAAACCAAAUGCAGCCAAAAAACCAGUAAAAGGUGAACUCGUUUCUCUUUCCAGUUCUAAAUUCAUACAACCAUAGUUCUCCCUAGUGGAGGUCCAAGAUACAGCAAGCCUUGUUAGGCUGCCUCCAAGUUCAGAUUUUUUCCUGGCCCCAUUACGGCUCAAGGGCCUCCCGGGGUCAUGCGUCGGCCUUUCCUAAAGGAAAACAGACUCCAGAUCAAACCUUCAGAGACACUCCAGUCUCUCCUCAAAAACCCAGCAAAACGGAGCUGCCAGUUUGUGUUGGUGAUCCGACUCACCAGUGUGGCAUACAGCAAUUCAAAACCUGUUGAUUUAAUCAAGCCUCUCAUGGAAAUCCUGUCUAAUGAAUUCUCAGCAUGCAUUAAAUCGUGUCUUUUAUAUAUGUAGAGUCCCUAGAGUAGAUGUCUAAUAAUUAAAAACAAAACCCCUGAAAGACUACACUGGUCAGUCUCACCUUUCCCUUUAAUGUCUAACUAAGGGAUUAAAAAAAUGCAUGAAAAUAUAAUCAGAAAAAUUAAAUUUAUCUUCCAGUUCCUUGUCAUUUAUGAGAGAGAUGUUUUCAGAUCUGGAGCGUUCUUAUUUUCAGCACUACUCUAUUGAAGGACCUAUAUUCUUUGGGCUAGCUGUGAGAGGAAAAGAAAGCAGGGAGCGGACCAAUUUAAGGACAAGUACAAGUCACCAUAGGAAAUUCUCAUUCAAUUUAGAAAAUUAAUAAAAAAUAUUCAAAUAAAAGAAAAUAUUGAAUUUGAACAUCCAGUUAGAUACCUAGAAAUGCUUCACACAGUCUAGUGUAUAAAUCUAAUCCUACAUGCUGUCCUCAUUGCAUGAUAGUAGGUUACUCAACUACCUUGCAAAAGACUGUUAUUCACAUGGAAUUAAGCAUUCUUUCAAGGACUUCAAUAUAUUGAAAAGCAGAAAUCACUAUGGAGAAAGCUUUUGAAACUUCAUUAACAAUGCAGCUAGCUGUCACAUUAAUUUGCUUUGCUAUUGCAAUACAAAGUUGAAGGGAUGGAGAAUGCAUAAUUUAUAUGCCAAACCCUCCAAAUAUGUACAUUUUGUAGAAAAUAAUCUCUUGACUAUCCCAAGUUCCAAACAUAUUCCUCCAUUUCCUGUGGCUGGAAGGAUGAACGAUGGCAGAUGAACACUCAACAGGAAGAAAAUCUGACAAAUUGGUUCCACAGGUCACAGUCCAAGUAUAAUUUGAGCCUUUCUGGAAGUCUCAAGAAUUGAAUUCUAGAGAUUUUCCUUUCCAGAGGUAACUAUGUAUUAUGUAAAGAAAUCCCAGCAGCUUCCAACAAAGUAAGGCAUGCGUUUUAGCUGCUACAACUGUUUUUGACAGCCUCUGAACACAAUUUCCAUGGUUUAAAAAGUAAAAGCCACAUUAAUAUACUAUAUGAAAUAUAGCAAGUUGUAUAAGAAAGUCUGUCCUAGGAGAUCCUGAGGCACGCUAGGAUUUUCCUUGUAUAAAAGAAACUUUGGUCUGUAAUUCAUGUUAGUUUGACUAGCAUGGCAUUCCCUUUGUUUAUUUUAAUUAAGAAAAACCCAUAGCUUCCAGAUCCAGACCUAGCAAAACUCUCAGGCAGUUUGUCUUCAGGAGUCAGUAUCCUAUUAUUGCACUGGUUUCCAGAAGAUGUUUUCUAAAACAGAGAAGUAAACUUUUCCAAAAUUUCAGUGGAAUCAACUCUUUCCCAGGGUUUGGUAAGUUGGUUAGUAAUUUUCCGCUUUUUCAGGAUCACUGAUCAUCGCAGAGAAAAUGGGAGUGGGAAGUAGGGGGAAGCUCCUUUUUACUCUUACAUAUACAUUUCAGAUACUCUAUUAGAUUUUUCCCUCACCUUUUACAGGUAUUUCCCGCUUCUAAGGGCACGGAAUCGGGCUAGUGAGAGCUGAUGGGGUAACUGCUGUUCAGCCAUGCCGCUGCCUGUGGCGUGCCUGACUGCCACUGCGGCUGGGGAGUUAUUCCCUCUGCCAGUCCCAGCUGACUUGUGAUUUGUAACUCUUGCUAAUGUUAGCGCUUCCAAAGUUAGCCAUUAAAUGCAGACAAAAACGCCUUAAAAAAAUAAAACAGCUUGAAAGCGCUUAACUCUGGAAAGACAUGCUUGAAAAUGAGUAUUCAUCUCAGAGAUUCAGUAAAAUACAAAGUCUGCGUUCGACUGGAAACUUUUAAUUAAACCCCCUCUCUUGUUCUCUUUGCAAGGACGUGCCCAAGCCUGCUUUUGUAUGCUCAGGACAGUGUCUUUCUCUGUAAUUAUACCAUGCAUGAAACACAAACGAAAUUACAUCUUGGUUCAGCGCAUUUAAAAAAAACGCCCAAAACUUCUUUAAGAAGAACUAACAAGCCCAGGACUUUUUUUUUUUUUUUUUUUGACAGUGUUUAAAAAUGAUUACCACCACAAAUAAUUUACAAGCAUAGUUGGAGGCUAUCGGAACUGAUUGCUCUGUCUAGGAAAUUCUUAAUGAGAGCCGUGCUGCAGGAAUUCGCAGGGGUCCUGUAGCUGCCGGCUCCUCCCCGGGGUUUCCUCUCGCUGCGCGCCGCCCCGCGCAAACCCCUGCAGCUGUGCGCAGGUCCGCGGCCGGGCGAGUGCAGUCGCCGCACCAGGUUUUAAAAGCUGCCGGUGGCUGGGGACUCUCGGCGUCGGGGGGGGAGCAGCAAGAGCUCCGCUCCACAUGUCUGCCUGCUCUUAUUAACUUAUCGCAUAAGGGAAGUGAUUGAGUCCGGGUACCGAGGGCCGUAAAAUUGUGGCACGGGCGAGGAGCAGAAAGUUGCGCGGCUUGUGGGCCGAGCGGGGCCGGAUCCCGCAGCUCGGAGGGGGUUGCUUUGGCUUCCCGCAUCUGACAGCUGAGGGCACGGCGGCCGGCGGGAAGACGGCCCGUUCCCAGCCUGCAGCUAGGGCAGCGGGACAGCCCGGCGCUCGGUCAGACGGCACAUGGCAGCAGAGCGCUCGGUUUCGGCGCAGGUUAACUAGGUCUGGGCUCUCGCUAGCGCGCUAAAGCACCCCGAGCUUCGCUGGGUUAUCGCAGGAGUUAAAAUGCAGCUGACUGUUUACUUCUUUUUGGGCUGCGGUAUUUUCUUAGCUUCAGGAUACAACUCCUUUAGUAAGAGCGUGGAGACGAUAGGCAAGAAGCAGUACCAGGUUCAGCACGGGUCAUGCAGCUACACCUUCCUCUUGCCCGAGACGGACAACUGCCGAUCUUCUACUUCGUAUGUGUCGAACGCGGUGCAAAGGGAUGCGCCUUUAGAUUAUGAUGAUUCAGUUCAAAGACUGCAGCUACUUGAAAACAUCAUGGAAAACAACACUCAGUGGCUAAUGAAGGUAUUAAACCAGACAACCAGACUUGAACUUCAGCUUUUGGAACACUCUCUUUCAACAAACAAACUAGAAAGACAGAUUUCAGAUCAGACCAACGAGAUAACUAAAUUACAAGAAAAAAACAGCUUUCUAGAAAAAAGAGUUCUUGAGAUGGAAGACAAGCACACACUUCAGCUGAAGUCAAUAAAAGAUGAAAAAGAUCAGCUUCAAGUCCUAGUAGAUAGACAGAAUUCUAUUAUAGAAGAACUAGAAAAACAGUUAGUUACAGCUACAGUAAACAACUCAGUUCUGCAAAAACAGCAACAUGAUCUCAUGGAGACUGUUCAUAACUUGCUUACUAUGAUAUCUACACCAAACUCUAAGAACAACUUCAUUGCUAAAGAGGAGCAAAUCAGCUUCAAAGACUGUGCCGAAGCUUUCAAAUCCGGACUUACAACAAGUGGAAUCUACACCUUAACAGUUCCUAACACUGCGCAAGAAAAGAAGGCCUACUGUGACAUGGAAACUGGUGGAGGAGGUUGGAUGGUCAUUCAGAGACGUGAAGAUGGCAGCGUGGACUUUCACCGGACAUGGAAAGAGUACAAGAUGGGAUUUGGUGAUCCUGCUGGGGAGUAUUGGCUGGGAAAUGAGUUUGUUUCUCAGCUGACUAAUCAGAAGCGUUAUGUUCUUAAAAUACACCUGAAAGACUGGGAAGGAAAUGAGGCAUAUUCAUUGUAUGACCACUUCUCUCUAGCAAGUGAAGAACUAAAAUACAGGAUCUACCUUAAAGGACUUACUGGGACAGCGGGCAAAAUAAGUAGUAUAAGCCAACCAGGAAAUGAUUUUAGCACAAAGGAUGCAGACAAUGACAAAUGUAUUUGCAAAUGUUCACAAAUGCUAACAGGAGGAUGGUGGUUUGAUGCAUGUGGUCCUUCUAACCUCAACGGAAUGUAUUACCCAUUACGACAGAACAACAACAAGUUCAACGGUAUCAAGUGGUACUACUGGAAGGGCUCGGGAUACUCUCUCAAAGCCACGACUAUGAUGAUUCGACCAGCAGAUUUCUGAAUGCUUUUUGCAUUAUGUGAAUUAUGUAUUGUAUAGUUUUCAAAGACUUAAUUUGCCAAACAUAUAAACACACAUCUGCAACUGUUCUCAUUUUCAAGCCCAGAAAACAUGCGCUAGCGUUCUGAGGGGAUCAGUUCAGUACAAUUCCUGAAUUGUAAUAGCCUUGAUCAGAUAAAGCUCAUAUUAUUCAACCAGACACAAAGUCUAAAGCGUCAACCUGAUAUAACAGUGAUUUGGCCAAACGACUGAAUAAAAAGAACAUCCAAGAAACUGUCAGACAACUUAAGGACUCUGUUUUACAGAUCAUUUAUUUUAUGUAUGUGUUAGUAAAUAACUGGAACUGUGAAAAAUAGCUAAAAUAGUUUUAGAAAUAUGCAUUUUGCCUCAUCACUGAACUUUAAACACUACUCUAAUAUAAAACACUUAAGUAGAACUAGAACUAUUUAUCUUUGUGUCAUGUUUGCCUUUUAUGUACAUAAAAAAAUACUGUCCUGUAAUUAGCUCAAUACUGUAGUUAAAGAGUACAUUCUUUCCCCCCAUAGUCUCUUAAACAACUUCUUACACUUUUUCAGGGACUUUUUCCAAUAGCCUGUAUUACUUUAUUUAACAGAGGACAAAUAGCAUUUAAGUACUUUGCAUUUAUUCUUGGGAAAUACCAUGUACAAAAAUCACCGUGUCUUUCAGUUUGUACUUAUUACAGUCACUCUCUUUAAGUUACAAAAAUCCCUGCAAAUUACAAUGUAGUAUGUAUUUCUUUAUAUUUUUAUGAAGAUUGCACUUUUUUUUCUUUCCUUGUCAUUUACUUGUAAAUGAUCAGUAUUUUAUAAACCGAGACAACGGCAUUAACACCAGAUGUUCAGUUGUCUAUGACAAUCAGUUAUCACCUGGUGCUGUAGUACAUCUAUAUGUUUUGUAAAAAUAACCUUAACUGAAAAACAUGCAUGUUCUUUGAUACAAUUAAAUUUAUGCUCAUGACUUAAGAUACAAAUCACUACAUUUUAAAAAUGGGAAAAAAAAAUCUGAACGUUAUCUAAGGUCAUACUGUUGGGAUUUUUUCAGUAAGGUUAGGACUUUUCCCUAGAAAUUCUCCGUAGGUGGGCCCUCAAUGUAUGCCGCAAUGUGAAUAAAUUACUGGGUAAUUUUUGCGUUUGAAAAAUUUUAUCCCUAUAUGCUUUAAAAUUGUGUACUGUACACUGCAGUUCAGAUUGAGAAGAUAUUUCUUCGUAAAUCACACAAAAUAAUUUUGUAGAGAUUUUUCCCCAAAUUAAUUCACUUUAGGUUUUAAUUCUCAUGCUUAGUCUUUGCCUUAAAGUAAUAUUUUUGUAAAAUUUUAAUUUCAACAGAUGACUGAAUUAGUUGUAAGGCAAGAAUAUAUCUCAUACCAAAACACAACGAGACACAACAUUUCUAGAGGCUUACUUAACAAAAGGUAUUGUAUUUUAAAAACAGUAAAUAAUUUUGAGAAAGGUGGAAGAAAACUCGUCAUUUUAUACUGACAGUCAUUAAAGCUGCUAUUAGAGUACCCCACCACUCACACCACCACCAUUCCUCUUCCCUGAAAAUGUGUGUCAGCAUUACUAAAGGGUAGCAGAGACAAAAAAUACUUCUAAUAUUACUUCACGAUCUGAUUUUAAAUAAACCUAACAAAUGUAAAUUAAUAGUCAUCAUCUGAAGAGUUGCAUAAAAUAAUAUCAAUGUUUUUAAGAUUACUGUUUAAUAUUUUAUUGUCUCUCUCAGCAAACUUGUAAAGAGAUAUAUGUAUCCCAAACUAAAAAAAAAAAAUAGUUCACAAAAUUGCUUUCAUGAAUUUCUAAAUGCCUUAAAGAUCAAGUCUAGCAGACAGCCACCAAGCUAGUAAAGGAGCUAGACAUACCACGAAGCACACGAUAUACCAAGAGAGGCCCAGAGAGCUGGCUUUUUUUAGUCUGGGGAGGAGAAGGGGAAGGGGAGACCGUACUGCUGUCUACAGCUACCUGGAUCAAGGACACAGAAGACAGAGCGAGACCUUUCCUGGAGGAGCACCGCAACAGGGCAAGAGACAGGGACGAGAGACAGCAAACACAAGUUGGAAUUGGGGAAAUUGGAUUUUCUUUUUAAUUUAUUCAUUUAUUACCAUGAUGGUGAACUGGACAAGUCCUUUGGAGCAGAGCAUUGAACUAGACAACCUUCAGAGGUCCUUUCUAAUCUAAAAUAUUGUAUGAUUUUAUGAAAUUUUAUAGAAAAGCUGAGUCCAGAAUACUGUAUUUCCUGCUGUACUGCGUUUAAUCAAACAACUAAAGAAAAUAUACCCGAUAUGUGAGAUAGUAAGCAUAUCCAGCCCAAUAACCCCUCCCUCCCUCCAAAAAAAAAAAAAGCUUCUUAAAAACCAUGAUGGAAUCUGGCACAGUAUGAAUGCUCUACCUGGCAAAGAAAAAUAGUGCUAACUUCUGGUUGACAUUAACCUUUGUUAUUUUUGUAAGAAAACACUAUAUGACAAGAAUAAUUAAAUAUCGCAUGGCUA